UCACAUUAACUUGCUUUCACAACCAGAGUGGUGCCCGCAGCUCCUGCUGUCUCCCCCAUCCCUGGAGCAGGGCAUCUUGCCCCUCUUCCUCCAGGUCUGCAGUGGAGUUACUUGGCUCAGAGGGAAGUCUCACUUUAUGGAGGGGGUAAAACCCUUCCAGCUCUUUAAGAAGGAGUUGUUGGAAGCUGAGGAUGCCUGACCACAGACCCAGGUGCUUUGUGCAUCCAGGCUCUUUUAUGUGUGAUUUACAAAUGCUGCCUGAAAUGCACCCCCCUGGCUUUUGCACAGCAAGACAUGCAGCUGCUUUUCUUCUUGUAAGAACAUGUCCUGGGGAGAAGAAACUACAGCAACGUGGCUUUCGAUGCGCUGGAGACCGCUUGCCGUCAGAGAGGGGCUGCCUGGCCCGGCAAAGUCCGCCUAGCUGACAGUGCCUGGGGUAACGCCGCCGGCCCUCUGCAGAGCAGCCCAGGACAGCCCAGCCAUGGUGAAGAGCGACGAUGACACCAAAAAGGGGGCAUCAGAGACAGUGCCGGACCACCGCUGGAAAUUGCAAGUCUUCUACCUCUGCUUCUAUGGCUUCAUGACACAGAUCCGGCCUGGGGAGAGCUUCAUCACCCCCUAUCUCCUGGGGAAUGACAAGAACUUCACGCCGGCCGAGGUGACUAAUGUGAUCACGCCGGUGCUGACCUACUCCUACAUGGCCAUGCUGGUGCCCAUCUUCUUGCUGACAGACUACCUGCGCUACAAGCCAGUGCUGGUGCUGCAGAGCCUGAGCCAUAUCUCCAUCUGGCUGCUGCUGGUGUUUGGCACCUCUAUCCUGGCCAUGCAGCUGAUGGAGUUCUUCUAUGGUGUCACCAUGGCCGCCCGCAUUGCCUACUCCUCCUACAUCUUCUCCCUUGUCACCCCAUCCCGCUAUCAGCGUAUGGCCAGCUACUCCCGCUCCUCUGUUCUCCUAGGCGUCUUCACCAGCUCCAUGCUGGGCCAGCUCUGUGUCACCCUGGGUGACAUCCCCUUCCUCACCCUCAACUAUGUGUCAUUGGGCUUCGUCAGCUUUGGCCUCAUCCUCACCCUCUUCCUCGAGCGUCCCCGGCGUAGCCUGUUCUUCAACCGUCCCAAAGGGGCUGGAGAUGGGGCUGCACCCGAUGAACUGGACAAGAUGGCCGAGGGGGACAGUGGCAGCAGGAGAGGAGACUGGCGAGAGGCAGCACUCUGCCGUAUGCUGCGGGAAGUGGGAACUCUGAUCAGGCAACCCCAGCUCCGUCUCUGGUCUUUGUGGUGGGUCUUCAACUCAGCUGGUUACUACCUGAUGCUGUACUACGUGCAGAUCCUCUGGAACGAGAUCUACCCUGCCAUGGACAACUGCCGGGUGUACAAUGGAGGAGUGGAUGCUGCCUCCACACUGCUGGGGGCUGGUGCCUCCUUUGCAGCUGGCUAUGUGAAGAUCCGCUGGACGCUGUGGUCGGAGCUGGUGAUCGGGGUGGUGACAGCUUUCCAGGCUGGGCUGCUCCUGCUCAUGACCACCACCAGCAACAUCUGGCUGUGCUAUGCUGCCUACGUCCUCUUCCGUGGCUCCUACCAGUUUCUGGUGCCCAUUGCCAUUUUCCAGAUUGCUACUUCACUCUCCAAAGAGCUCUGUGCACUGGUCUUUGGGGUCAACACUUUCUUCUCCACUGUGCUGAAGACCAUCAUCACCAUCAUCGUGGCUGACAAGAGGGGCUUGGGCUUGUCCGUGCACCCCCAGGUAAGGAUGAGGGGCACCUGGGAUGGAGGUGGUCCCCUAAUGGUGUGGGAUGAAGGGAGGGCUGCAAGUGUUGUUCUCUCCCUGUCCCUCGCAGUUUUAUGUGUAUUUUGGCUACUUCACGCUGCUGGCAGUGGCCUACCUGCUGGCGGCCGUUGUCGUGGGCAUCCGGCACAGACACCACAAGCAGCCAGCAGAGCUGGCCUUGUCCAAGGAGCCGUGUCCGCUCCCUGCCGACACGCAGGCACAGGAGAGGAGCCUGGAGGCCGGCGCUGUGUGAGCCUGAGCACUGGCACAGUCACUGCCGAGGCCGGGUCUCUCUUCUGUACGUGAACAUUGCCGCCACCAUGUGCUCAGUCUCCUGUCCCGUCACCAGUUCUCAGUGCUGGCCCAAUGAGGACGUAACCUUCUGGGACCCGUUUUCUGCUCCAUGGGGGCAGGGUUGUGCCCCCCUGCCCCAGCCACAAACACAAGCAGAGCAGGGGCAGGAUGCCCACCGCUGCCACCGCCAGGUGCCACACAUGGGUAUGGAUGGGUCCUGGGGUGUCUCCCAGUCACCAGCUCCCCAUCGUUGCUCGGAACCAGGCUACAAGAGGAUAACAUUUCUUUAUUCAGUGCCUUUAGAAAAUGGUUGAUGGGACACAACCAGCACACACACACACACACACAAAAUAAUAAAAAGAUCUACAGGCUUUAAAUUGCAUCAAUUACAAAAAAUACAGUAGACUGUAAGAAAUAGAGACCUUGUGACUUGCACAGCUUUUAUGGUAAUAAUUUCCAUACAAUAAUAAAAAGCUAGUUACAGUUAUCUUUUGUUCUUUCUUUCUCUUUUUUCUUAGCACCUUGGAUUUGCCCACAGCAAUUCAAACCACCUUUGCUGCUCCUUGGCCCUUAGAGUGCAGCAGAGGUGGCCUGGGGAAGGAGGGUGACGGCAGUGCCUGCCCUUGGUACCACACGUACUUAACACGCACACACCAAGGGCACACCUGGCUCCUUGUCAGGGCCACCCCAUUGCCCUGGUCCCUGCACUGGCCUGGGUGUGGCUGUACCCAGGGUGUAGGGGCAUGGCUGGGGGGGCCCUAGGGUGUGCAGAGGGACUGA